AUGAGCAAGUCCAACAGUCAACCAUUGGCUCCUCCAACAAAGAAACUAAAGGGAAAAAAUGGGGAUGCAACUGUGACAAAGUCGUCUUGGGAAGAACAAUUGGAAGCACUUCAUCAACAGUCUACUCCUGGCGAGAACUAUGAAGCUGCUUGGCCAAGACCUGCUCUGCCAAAGAUUGAUAAAGAUCGUGAUUCUAUCGUCUUUCAGCAAAUUGAAAUUGAUGAAUAUGUGGGCGAUUCCCCCCCUUACGUCAAACUUCCAUUACCACCAAACUGUCCAACUCCAAUCAUUCGAAUGUAUGGAGUCACCAUGGCCGGUAACAGUAUCAUGGCCCACAUUCACGGAUUCUUCCAAUACUUUUAUUGUCCUGCUCCGAAAGGAUUCGAACCUGUAAAUAUUGACAACUUCAAGGAUGCCCUGCUCUUGUUCCUACGAUCAAACGGCAAAGUUCCUGCAGGUCCCGUAAUCAUGAGAGUAGAAAUGGUCUUGAGAAAAUCUAUCUACGACUAUCAUGGUCCUCAUCCAUCACCAUUCUUACGAAUCAUGGUACAAACACCAAACAUGAUCAACGCUUGUAAACGAGCUGUCGAAGCAGGAUUCUACGUAUCAAACUUUGGUGACUUCAAAGUCGGUGCAGUGUUUGAAUCAAACUUGGCAUACACUUUACGUUUUAUGAUUGAUCAAGCUGUGCUUGGUGCAAACUGGAUUGAAUUGCCUGCUGGAACCUACACGAUUCGAGACAAGAAGAGUUGUCACUGUCAAUUAGAAGUAGACAUUCUAUUUGACAAGUUUAUAUCACAUGCUCCAGAAGGCGAUUGGAGUCAUGUUGCUCCUCUUCGUAUUCUGAGCUUUGAUAUUGAGUGUGCUGGGCGAAAGGGCCACUUCCCUGAGCCAAGUGAGGAUCCCGUCAUCCAAAUCGCAAACAUGGUAUCGCUUCAAGGUGGCUCGAGACCUUUCAUCCGUAACGUGUUUACGCUCAAGAAGUGUGCCAAGAUUGUGGGAAGUCAAGUUCUGUCCUUUGAAAGUGAAGCUGAAAUGUUGCAUCGAUGGACAGAGUUUGUCUUGCAGGUUGAUCCUGAUAUAAUUACAGGAUACAAUAUCAAUGGUUUUGACUUUCCUUAUCUUCUGGAUCGAGCAAUCAAACUAAAAGCAUCUCGCUUCCCGUAUCUGGGUCGCAUUCGAGAUGUCAAGACCAUUGCUAAGGAUGCUCACUUCCAGUCUAAGGGAUUGGGUGCUCGUGAUUUGAAAAACAUCAACAUUGAAGGACGAUUGCAACUAGAUGUCUUGCAGGUUAUGCAAAGAGACUACAAGCUACGUUCGUACACGUUGAACUCUGUAUCCGCUCAUUUUCUUGGUGAACAAAAGGAAGAUGUCCAUCAUUCCAUAAUUGCAGAUUUGCAAAACGGUGAUGAAGAAACCAGACGACGUUUAGCAGUUUAUUGUCUCAAGGAUGCAUACUUGCCUCAACGAUUACUGGACAAGCUCAUGAUUCUCAUCAAUUAUAUGGAAAUGGCUCGUGUGACGGGUGUACCCUUCAAUUACCUUCUGACUCGUGGACAACAAGUUAAAGUUGUUUCACAAUUGUAUCGUAAAGCCAGGACUGAAGAUCUUUUGAUUCCUACCAUGCAUUCUGAAGGUUCUGAGGAGCAAUACGAAGGAGCCACCGUCAUUGAGCCUGAGAAGGGCUUUUACGAGUUGCCUAUUGCUACACUCGAUUUCACGUCUUUAUACCCAUCCAUCAUGCAAGCUCAUAACUUGUGCUAUUCGACACACUUGCAAAGUGUUCGAGAUGCUGAAAACUUUGGGCUGGUUAGAGAUAAGGACUUUAUUGUGACUCCCAACGGAGACGUGUUUGUGACUGCCACUGUCAAGAAGGGAUUGUUGCCUACCAUUCUUGAAGACUUGUUGUCUGCUCGUAAGAAAGCCAAGGAUGACUUGAAAAAGGAGACCGAUGAAUUCAAGAAGGCUGUAUUGGAUGGUCGUCAACUUGCUCUCAAGGUCAGUGCCAACUCUGUAUAUGGGUUUACUGGUGCUACAGUUGGUAAACUGCCCAUGUUGGCUAUAUCGUCCAGUGUAACGGCAUACGGUCGUGAGAUGAUUGAAAAGACUAAAGAGCUCGUGGAAGCCAACUUUACGGUGGAGAAGGGAUACGAUUAUGAUGCCAAGGUUAUUUACGGAGAUACCGAUUCCGUCAUGGUCAAGUUUGGUGUUUCAACAGUGCCAGAAGCCAUGGAACUGGGUCGCAAGGCUGCUGCAGAAGUCACUAAAGGAUUCAAGAGACCAAUCAAUCUUGAUUUCGAAAAAGUGUACUUUCCUUAUCUUCUCAUCAACAAGAAGCGAUACGCUGGUUUGUAUUGGACCAAACCUGAGAAGUUUGACAAGAUGGAUGCUAAGGGUAUCGAGACUGUUCGACGUGAUAACUGUGAAUUGGUCAAGACUGUUAUUGACACAUGUCUCAGAAAGAUUCUGAUUGAUCGCGAUGUUCCUGGUGCUCAAGAAUUCACUAAAGGGAUGAUUGCCGAUCUACUACAAAACAAGGUGGAUUUGUCACAACUUGUGAUCUCUAAGGCUCUUGGUAAAGCUGAAUAUGCUAGCAAAGUAGCUCAUAAUGAGUUGGCAGAACGUAUGCGAAAACGUGACGAAGGUUCUGCACCGGCAUUGGGAGAUCGUGUCACUUAUGUUAUCGUCAAGGGAGCUGUUGGAGCUGCUGCUUAUGAAAAAGCAGAAGAUCCCAUUUAUGUCUUGGAACACAAUAUUCCCAUUGAUACCAAAUACUAUCUUGAAAAUCAGCUCUCAAAGCCAUUGAUGAGGAUUUUUGAGCCAAUUCUUGGUGAACGGGCACAGAGUCUUCUAUCAGGAGAACAUACUCGAACGAUUUCCAUUGCUGCACCAACUACUGGUGGGCUUAUGAAGUUUGCUAUUCGAAGUUUGACUUGCCUUGGAUGCAAGACCCCUUUGCCUAAGAAUGAAACGGCAGUAUGCAGAGAAUGCAAGCCUCGAAUUCUAGAACUGUACUUGCGUCAAAUGGACGCGGUCAAUGAUAUGGAGACACGAUUUGCUCGUCUCUGGACUCAAUGUCAACGAUGUCAAGGUUCACUACACCAAGAUGUUAUUUGCACGUCGGCUGAUUGUCCCAUCUUCUACAUGCGAAAGAAGGCUCAGAAGGAUGCAAAAGAUUCACACACUACGCUUGACCGAUUCCAUUACAAUUGGUGA